UCUUUCUGCGCUCCUUUCUGCGCUCCUUUCAGGCUCUAACAACAGAGACACCCCAGCCCUCUGAAUUAAACUUAAGAGGUCGAAAUCAAGCGGGAUUAACCACACAAAAAAGGAAAAAAAGAAACCAAGGAAUAUUUAGAAGCGGAACAACAGGAAGGAAUACUUGUUGAUCGUCCUGUUUUUUUCACCUUUUCUACUAAGAGUCACUGGAAGUUUUUACAUCAUGAGGAUUUUCAGUGUCGUGCUCCUGCUGGUUCACGCCUUGGUGGUGUCCAGACUGGCCAGUGGUGCUGCUGUUGACAGGUAUGAGAGCGACAGGCAACGGGACAUAACUGUUAUCAACUUUUUGGACACGACCAAAGACAAGAGGAUAGAGGAGGAGAGCAGGAGCGCAACAACAAUGGAGAAAAGUCAGGAAGAGGAGGAAGAUUAUGAUGAUGAAUAUUACUACGGGGAGGAAUAUGAAGAUGGCAUGUCUGGAGAUUAUGGAAUGGAUCUGCCACAAGUUGCCAUGUCGAGCAAACCCAAAGACCCGUCCUCCAUCUUGGAAGCUGAAAGAACUGAAGGAAAGAGAAGAAGAGGGAAGGGAAGAAAGAAAGGGAAAGGAAAGGGAAAGAAGAGGAACCCUUGCCUGAAGAAGUACAAGGACUUCUGCAUUCAUGGCACCUGCCAGUACCUGAGGGACAUCCGCGCCCCCUCCUGUGUGUGCCAUCCGAGUUACUCCGGUGAAAGGUGUCAGUUCUUCACGCUGCCCUUGGAGAAGCCUCAGGAGGGAUACAACCGGACCACAGCUCUCGCCGUGGUGGCGGUGGUGCUGUCAUCUGUUUGCCUCACCAUAAUUGGCCUUUUAUUACUGCUCAGGUUUCACAAGCGGGGAGCGUAUGAUGUAGAGAGUGAAGAGAAGGUCAAACUAGGGUUAGCGUCCAGCCACUGAGGAGACAAAGAGAGGCAAAGAAACGGAAAUUCUACCUCAAAAUAGAAAAAGAGAAGUGAUCCUGUAGGGAGGUCCUAGAAGGAAAAAGGAUCGUACAUGAAGAAGGGAACAGAGGUCUAAGUGUGCCUGACUCUCUGCUGCGUGUUCAGAUGAAAAAAAAGAACAGCUGAACAUAUUCCUGAAGGCCUCGGAAAAGAAGAAGGCUCACCCGAUAACUGGAAUACAAACGGCCUGGAGGAUGGACAGGAAAUGGGACAAGUGGAAGGUGAAAAGCAUGAGAAGAAGAUGGACUCUGUGCUGCUCCAUGAUGGUGUGAAAUGCGGAUGUAUAAGACUGAACUGUACCUGAAAAAAGUUUGUAAAAACCAGAGCUCAACCUGGAUUUUUUUCUUCUCAACAGACAACAUUUUGUAUUUUCCUGCACAAGUCCGUCUUUUAUUUUCUUUGUGUACAGUAAACGGUAUAUUUAUAAGUUUAAUUUAUUUAUUUAAGCUAACUGUAUUUAUAGAGAUUUAACCACCUUCAACAAGUUUUUGAAAUAAAGAUGUUACACUUGUUUUUUAUAUUUCCUAUUGGAUGACAUAUUUAUUUAUGGAAAAAAGCAGAAGCUCUUUGAGAAAUGAGGCAUAAAAAUCUGAUUUCUUUCAUUUUGGCACUCAGAAUAUGAUCAAUAGCACUGUGAUUAAUAAAUUGAUCAUUAAAUAGAAAUGUUUUUGUAAUUAUUCAGGGGAUUUCAUGUAGAGAAACACCCUGCUUACGCUCUCACAGUUACAUUUUUAUACAUGAAAGCAGCCGCCGAGCAGCUUCAAAUGUAAAUUUUGAGCGGUUUAGGGCCUUGCUCUAAGACGCAUCAAUAGUGGCAACUUCUCACACCCAAAUAUCCUGCAGGUUUUGGGGAGAUCUUGAGGCCACAUUAGGCUUAAGGUUCAGCCUAACUGUAAUAAUGGCAGAUCAAUGUCGCUAAGUUACGUUGCACUGGCUAUGUACGAAAAAGAAGCAACAUAAAGCUGCACGCUCAACAUCUGUAUCGUUAAGAAACUGUAAAAAGGGAGUCAAUUAUCUGAUGCACUGUAUGAUUUAAUUGUCUUACUAUCAUUAUAGGACAAACUCCCUCAUUUCCAUGUUCAGCUGUCAAACAAAAAAAUGUGAAUUAAAAUGUUCCACCCUUUCAAAUCCUGCCCUGCCGUUUUGAAGUGAUUGUUAUUUAUGUGAUUUUUUUCAGAUCAACAUUAAAAAAGAUCAAAGUUA